AUGUGGCGAUCAAGGACGACUCCACGUGGCCGCUCGGUGAGUCUAUUGGCUUGUUUCAGAAGGAAAGCAGAAGAAGAAGAAGCAGAAGAGGAGAUUAUCAUUGUGGCGUAGGGAUUAUUGAGUCAAUUGACGCAUGAAGACCUGCUCGCCCCAAAUGGGAAUGAAUGCGAGAGGAGCCAGAGACUCGUGGGAAACGCCGUCUUGUCAUGUGCACUCUUUCUCUUGUCCCUUUCGGGGCGGCGUCAUUGAAAAUUACACCCCAACGCGUGGCCGCAUUCUCUCUCAACUUUUCAUAGUUUAUCCGCCACUGAUACGCCCGUCCGGGAGCUCCGAAUCGGACGACUAACACGUGCCGACGCGUUAUGUUUUGACACUUGGCACUCUGAAAUAUUUAGCACCUGCUCACACUGAUCCUAUGAAUUUCAAACGGAUUUUUUCAGACAGAAAACAGCGGACGGCUGAAAAUAGAAUUUGCCACAAGAUCCAAAUCGGACUGUUUGUAGUGGAGAGCAAAUGUAGCUUAGAGCCAGACUCUGGUAGAUUUCUGAAACAAAGAACCACUUGUUCGCACGCCGAACCCUUAUUUACCAUAAUCUCUGAGAUUUGAGUUACCUAAAAGUGCAAGUCUCCUCCCGAUUUCUACGGAAACGAAAUGAGCAAAGCAGUAUCAUUUCGAGCCGGCUCCCUCCCUCUUUUGCUCUCUGAUAAAUAUCUCUUCUCUUCCAAAUGCGAUGCGUGGAUGUUUAUCGAAUGUCAAUCCAAACAUAAACUUUUCUUCCAUCAACUGACACGUCAUCCUUCUUCCCAAUUUUUCCAAAUGAUUUAAAGUCGGCUUUUCAAAGGACCAAAGGUCUGUAGAGAUAAAAGAGCUCGUUUCCCUCCUCGCCUAAAUAAUCGAGACCGCCGAUUUCUAAUCUGAUAUCUUCGCCGCAGACCUUUCAAUUAUUCAUGGCCGAGGAAGGAGCACACGAGAAGAAGCCUCCCCGUCGCCGUCUUCUUCUUCUUCUUCUUCUUCCAGCUCGACUUUCCAUUUUUGUUUUGACACUUCUCGCCACUGGCUUUGUUUUACCGCUGUAUCGACGGGCCCGAUUAGUGUUUCGUUCGGUUCGAACAACAAAGUCUUCUGCUCCUUCUCCUCCUUCUUCUUCUUCUUCUUUCACCGAACAAUGUCGUCUUCUUCUUCUCCUUUCUACGACCAAAAAGUUGUGUUCAUCUCAUUAGCGAGACCACGUGAAUGAAUGACUGCGGCUCCUGUGACGCAGAAUGUUGAGGGGAGAUAUUUUAUUCAUAAGAAUAGGCUUACGAAUAAAUCAUGUUCGGAAGUAAGUAAGGACACUUUUUGCUCGAAUCGCUGCGUCCUGCUCUUCGGCUUCUCGGAGCAUGAGCCGUUCCCUCGCCUGAUCUUUGCGAGGAACUCACCGAGCUCUAACCGAGUUCCAACGGCGACAUAACGCAUUUAGUUCCGCCCCGCCAAAAAAAAUUGUUGUGUUAGUCUAUAAUUUCGAGCUCUCUGAGCCGCCGCCGCCGCCGCCACCGGCAUCGAAGAACGAGAAAGCGCGCUCAUGCAUAUUGUGCACAGUGAUUUUCGUUUCGGCUCCUCCUCCCGUCCACCUUUUUGGCUUGUGCUCGUCGCGCAACUCGAUACGGACGGGCCCGCUCGGAGGUCUGGAGGCCCCUCUGAAACCCGAGCCAAAUCCGAUUGAAUGCCCUGUUCUCUCGUCCGGAGUGCUUGCUCGUCGGGAUAACCAACUCUUUCCCCUCCUCUGCCCGCAGCUGCACAGCACUUUUGUUGGCGCCUGCAAAUUUUGCAUCCGAUGAACGAUUAAUCCGGGCGGCGGCGGCUCUUCUUCUCCCUUUCCUUCUUCUUCGUCUUCUUCUUCGUUUGCCCACACUCUGUCCGUGCACGAAUGUGGCGUGCUUUCUCUGGAAACGAAGGAUCACGCAAUAAGUCCGAUGAUCGUCGAACUGCGGGCCCCUCCUUCAAGAUCUUUUGCCCGUCCAUUCAUUUAUUCAUUCCCCUCUUGUGCCCAUUGUUCGUGGCGCCAGAAGCCCCUCCCCUUGCAAAAGAUCAGUGGUCGAAAGAGCACACUCGCUGCUGGGAGAGCCCAAUCUAUCUCAAUUCUGUGCACCCAUCCAUGUGAAUGAACACCACUUUUUCUCUCCUUCUCCCCCUCGAAUUCAGUCAUUUCCUCUUUUUUGCCGACUCUCCCGUGUACUUUUUCCGCUCUCGUUUUUUCGUGUGCUUUGAAGUAUAAUCGAUUGUUUGGAGACGUGGAAACACCAUGCUCACCGACCGUCUCAUCACUCGGAUCGGAUCCCUCCGAGGCUUUUCUCCACUUCGGAUGAGCAGCUUAGGAUCCGUCUCUUCUGCUCCGCCCGGAUCUGCAAAGGUCCCCGCAUUCCAGGUUGGUCACAUGUUGUGCCGUGGUAUCAUUGGGUCUCUUCUGAAGUCUCCAAGUUCCGAUGAUCAUCUGAUCUGAUAAGUUCAAUGGGACGCGGUUGCUGCAGUCUUUUAGAGUCAUAAAAUGUCUUAUCAGUGCUAUCAGCUCCUCGAUUCAUUCAUUUUCGGUCUUUUUCGACUCACUUUCUCCCACUCCUUUUGUCAGUAAAAAUUGGUGUCAGGGGACUUUGAAAGAGUCCAAAAAUAUGUAGUUUUUGAGUAGAAAAUUGAUUUAUCUCGAUUGAUGUGCAAAAUAAAAUAAAAAGUCGGGGUGCAUAUAUGGCAGCCAGCUGUGACGCUUUCCGAAUCCCGAAGGAGCAACAUCGUGCUCUUCCGCCAAUAAACCGACGGGUCACCCGUCUUCUGCUUCUUCUGCUCCGACGUCGUCUUCUUACACCGAAAUUAAUCCGGCGGUGCCGUCGACCCCUUGUCAAGCGAUGGCCGCAAACACGACCUUCUUCUAUUCGUCCUCGUGCUCCUUCUCCCCUCUCGCUAUUGUUCGUGUGCUGUGCUCCUCUUCCGCUCCUUCUCGCUCUACUUCUCCGAAAAGUAGACGUCUUUCCCGCAGAGCCCUACAAGAAGUUUUUUCUUUCUCUUUUCUUUUUUGGCACCGCCGCCGACGCGACCCCAUAUUGAAAAGUAAACAGACAAGAAGACGAAGAAGAAGCGACCAAAGCGGAAAACGGCUUCGUCCGUCCUUUCCUUCUGGGCCCCCAAUUAGACCAGACAAAUGAGAGUACACGCGGCCCACGAGGGUUCAUAAAUCUUCGCUUCCUGUCGCCGUUUUUUAUCCCCCCUCCCCUCUACUUGGGUUUCAACACAACGCUUUUCCCCCCGCCGAGCCAGUCCUCGUGUCUCAGCUCAACUUUUCUUAUUUGGAAUGGCAGUUGGACGGACGGACGGGACACUUUGUCUCUUGUUUUGGGUUACGCCCGUCUCUCGUUACCCCCCGCUGGAUAAUCUUGAUUGGCUGUGUCAGGCGUCGAUUUUCCGGUCUUUCUUUUUUUCAGUUUUCAGACCUUCUCGGCUUUUUACUGCGUUAUUACGUGGUUAGAAGAGAUUGAGAACAGACGGCAGAGAAAGACUAUCUGCGGCCAAUGAUCGAACGCUGUGACCCGCUUUUCGUUCCCUUUUCUCCGCCGUUUCUUGUAUCCCUAUUUUACCGUAAAAGACGUUUUCGUAUUCCUAUUGAGCGAUACUUCUCCAGUUUCACUAAGUUUUCGACCGGUCGGCUCAUUCAACUUCGUAGUGGUCCAUCUAGAUGGGCCGUCUAGCAAAGACCUUGUUUCUGCUCACUGCGCACCGCGGGAAUGAUAAUCCAGUGGUGUCGGAGAUGUCGAAAAACCUGCAGAGCUGUGCAGACCGGCUGGUCACAGAGUAAAGUGAAAGAAAAAGAGAGGCAAUGAUUCAAUUUGUGUUGUGGGACCACGGGUGUGCUACGGAGGCACGCGAGCAGACACCGCCACAACAAGAGUGUUCUGACGGGCGGCCCCGACGGCGGUGGUCCUUUUUUAGCGGCUCUCUCGAAUUUUCAAUGAGAAAACUUUACUGCCUCGCUGCAUCGCUCUAAUUCACCGGAGCGCAUUUCUUUUGCUUGCUCUUUUUUGGAAAACAACGUUGUGCUCCUUUGAAAGUAUACUGUAGGCGCACAAUUUCACGCGCAAACAUUCUUGCAGUUUUGUCAGUUUACUUAAUUCAAUAAUCAGAUCUUUGCAAAGUUUCAAUGUUUCAUAAAUUGGACCAUAAUCUAUAAGUAAUGUCAGGCGUCGUCAAGACAUCAAGACGUCAAGACAUAAUAAUUCAGUAGAACAUUUCGUGCGUAAACUCCAUCAACAUCAACCACAGCGAUGUUUUGCGGUCGUCUCCGCAAAGACUGAUAACACUUUCGGUCUCUGUGUUUAUAAAAUUCAAGGAUCUCUCGUCACAUAACCGGCUUCGAAUAAACAGUUCGUUCAGUCAGUAGAUUCAAUUUCAACCGCGUGGUCGCGUUGUUUGUCGCCGUCGUCGCCCUUUUGCCCGUGUCAUCCAUUGCGAAUUAACUGAAAUUCACUGUCAUUCUGUUCACCGACAUUAGACAUCAGCGGAAAGUUCGGAGAGACCGCAGGCGGUGAAACAGUUCAUACGACGAUGCGCAUCUCUCUCCUCGGACGCACAGUUUAACCGUUACUUCUGAUGUUAUGUGCAUCGUCGUGACCUCGUUGAGAGAAUAAUUUAAUAGACCGCUCGCCUUCUUCUCCUUCCUCUGCCGCUUUGCAAGUUAAUGGACUUCCCUAUUAAAAUGUUAUUCCUUCCAGAUGGAGUAUACAAUAACAGAAACGGACACUCUGGAAAGGGUGGCCGCUUCUCACGAUUGCACGGUCGGAGAGCUGAUGAAGCUGAACAAGAUGGCGUCGAGAAUGGUGUUUCCCGGCCAGAAGAUCCUCGUCCCUCUCGCCACUUCGGAUGACGUCUUCGACCCGCCCUCCUCGGCCUCAUCUCUCAAAUCGUCUGGAAAUCAAAUAUCGGGCAUCGAAAACGCAGGUUCGGUAACAAUUUGAGGAACAAAAGGGUCGCCAAGUGCUCUUGUUUCCUCAUUUGGCGAGCAUUUUGUGCAGGCGAAAAGAACAAAGAUUUCAGAGGACGGGAUACGAAAAGGGCCCGGAGGCGCUGUUCCCGCUCACGUCCGACGGGGGUCCUUCACGAAAACGCAGUCAGCACCGGUGCCACGUGGAAGUAAUGAGGAGGCGGACACAGACUGUCUGCAGAGGUUUCUGAAGAUCAAAGUGAAACAAGUGACCGAGUCGGAUGGAACCGUCUCUGGGACACUUCUGGUCACUCCCAACUGUCUAAUGUUCGAUCCGGAUGUUUCACACCCGCUAGUCAAAGAGAAAGGACCGGAUUUAUACGGGAUGGUUGCAAAGUUCGAAAGAGAGAGCAUGAUAAUCUGAAAGUGAAUGGUAUUUCAGUAUGGAUGAAAUUGUGUCGGUGUCGGUUUACAAAGAGAUCGGAGGGCUGACUGGAGACACGGCAGAGAAGAAGAGGGACAUUUUUGAUCCAGAUCACUUGAGAACACCGGAAGAGAGUCCGAAAGUGAGAAUAUAAACAUUGUUAUCAAAUCCAUUUCUAACAGCUUCAGAAGCAAGCUCAAAAUACUGAAGAAAUCGAAAUUCCAAAAAAUGAGGAGGUUAUUUUCGAUGCUGGCUCCGUCGAUUCAGUGAGUUCGCCCCCUUCUUCUUUAUUAUUCAACCAUUAUCUUUUCCAGAACCACUCUCCGAAAUUCGGCAGCGAUAUUGCUCUGCCAGCCAUUUCGGAAGAGACUAAAGACUCGCCGAACGAGGAAGCAAAAGGACAGGAAACACGCAAUCGAGCAGCCACUCUCGGGGACGAAGACGUUCAGAUGAGGGCACGUUCCCGGUCAAGAACGUCUUCUCAGGCGAGCAGCAACGACGAACGGCCACGAAGCUUUUCUGAACUAGACACUCCGGAGGGACGAAACAUCGGACGGUUUUCACCGACUGUCGCCCGGAGGUCGUUCGGAAAACUGGGAAGAACACUGAGGUAUUAUUAAAAAGUCAAAAGACGGGGUGGUGUGCGGACUGAGUCUGGCUUCGCCGCUUGUUUGAGCAUUAUAGUUCACCUGUUCAUUCUUCCUUUUUCCGUCACAAUAAUUUUGUUAAAAAGUGUAGAAAGUGGGGACGGACAUUUGGAGAAAUAACAGCAAACCAACCCGUGAAGACUUUUAUUUAUAAAAAUGAUGAUGAUAAAAAAUAUCUAUAGAAAGGUUUUCCAGUGCGCGAGCAAAGUCAAUUCAAGGGACGGUAACAUCUGGAGCCGAGAAAGUAGUGGGAACGGCAGUGCAAGGGACUAAAUCGAUGGCUCACGGAGUGGUGACGCACACGAAAAGUGCCGCCGACACGUUGCAAUCGGGCAUCGAGAACGGCGUGAAAGUGGUCGGAACGCAGGCGAAAGUGAUUCAGAAAAGAUAGUGGCAAACGGGAAUACGAGAUGCUUUCAGGCGGCGGCUGAUGUGGCUGGGCGCGUCGUCGACAAAGGGCAGUCGCUGAUGAGUGAAAGCAUUAACGGCGUCUCGGAGAUAUUCAGCGUUCCUGACUUUGAGGUGCGUGGGUCUGUUUGUUUACACACGCUUGUUUUGAGCGCGCAAUUAGGGGCGGAAUACCCGUUCUGUUUCGAGUGAGUAAUCAAAGUUCGAAUGUGGGAGGAAGGAAGCACUCGAAUCGAACUGGUUGUCGUGCUGCAGCGACAAGAGUGUCGCUGCGAAAAACGAUAUUAACGAGAUUAUGUGCGAAUCCGCUUUUUGAAUACUACCGUACGCGUAGCGGAACCAUCCGCAUACCUGUAUCAUUCCCCUUUUACUCACUACUAACUGAUCAUGAAUGUGCUGCGGAAACCGUUUCGAAAGCGGUCUGACAGCUACGAUUUGCUGGCAUUUGAGAAAGACAAAAAAGAGAACGUUGACAGUGUUUUGGUGAGAGAAACUGUUAUGAUACUUGGCAGCAAAUGAGUAAUCGGUCAUCAACAGUUUAUACUCUAUUUUCAGACCCAACCCCAAAAGAGUCAGAUGACGAUGAAACGAGAACAGUCGCUUGCAAAACUGCAAGACUUGCGGAGACAAACGGCCGAAGCCAGGGAAACAUCUGCGAAAGAGAACAGAGCCAGUGUGUGAGUGGUUCUGCCAUUGCAUUCUGAUCUAGACAAUGGAAAUUUCAGGUUCGCGUGUGCCACUUCCAGCGACGAAAUGCCCGAUCUGUUCGCCGCCGUCGACGAAAUAAUGGAGCGGAGCCGAAUGCAGAGCAACGAAUCGAUGUCUUCGCAACCGAUUCUGCCCUUCUACAUGGCCGUCAGAUUGACAAGAAACAAGAAAAAGAAGAGUGAGUUAUUGAAAUUGCGUUGUGUUUACACUGACAAGACUAUGAAGCGGGACUCCCGCUGCGGGAGGGAGCUGCGAAAGAAGACACCCGAGGCAAAAUUGCAAAAGAAAAAGAAGAAUGUGACAAUUUUUUCGAGUGUGAAGGAAGUUGAACCCAACUCAUUUUUCACCGUGGACUUGAGUGUCUUCCACUGUCUAAUCCUUCUUCUCUUCCGUCUUCCUCUCACCUCAAAUCACAUUUCGUCCUUCUCCUCCUCUUCCGUUUCGCCCUCCAGCAAAUUAGGCGCUUUCCGCACGGCCUCCCGCACAGCAGCAGCAGUUUCAAAAGAAGACGACCUCUCACUGACUGGUUCUGCUCAUCGAUGAAAUUCUCAGAGAGCGAAGGCGCAGCAUGCGAAACGGCCAAGGCUUCCGGAGCUCCGAGGAGACGCAGAGCUCUAGGCUCUCUUCAUUUAUCCAGCUUUCCGUGCCCUCCCUCGCGCAUAUUUGUUUCGGGUUUCUUUGCCACCCAAAAACAGACGACUUGCAGAGUCCUCAUCCAGCUCUCCGUCCUACGACGAGGAUAUCGCAUUCGGGAAUAAGUUGAAAAGAGAAUUCUGGUAAGCUUUUUCAAUAAAAAAUACAACAGAUUGCACAAACGCAAGCUCGUUUUGUUUACACUCGAUUCAACUUUUUUUAUUUGCAAAGUUUUCAGGUUCGCAGUUCCACGGAACCAAGCCGACAACAUCUACCACUUCCUUCUGCAGUGGUCACCGGACAAGUACGGACUGGUGAGUCCAAUUUUCUCCCCCACAAUUUCUGGGAGUGUUUGCAUAUGAAACGACGACUCCCAGUAUAAAAUAUGAAUGUUCUUUUCCAUUCCAUUUCGCAUUCAAAUCGAUUCCGUUACUAGAGAAAUCUACGGAAGAAUGGCUAUAAAUUUGCACCGAAAACAACACAUUUAUAGUCCUUCUCUCUUCUACGUCACUCUUUUCUCCCCCAAUUUCUUCUCUCUUCAGGACACAACAACGUCGUCUCUAAACGAGGAGACGUCGGCGGUGAUGAUCAACGACGGACAAGAGAAGGGAUUCAUUGUGCUCGGAUCGAACGCCGACGAAUCGCUUUCCGGUACGCCACUUCGUUUUUUUUGGGAAAUUACUCAGCACGUGCUCCAGCUCCAAUUCCAAAAUCCUAAAAACAGACACACUUCUUAUUAUAAUCUAUGCGACAACAGAAACUUUCUGAUUUUCGCAACAGACUACAAGGGUUAUCAGUUAUGGAUGACGAGUUUCUCUGAUAAGGAGGUCGAGGUGAAUCAGCACCGAGACGAACUAUGCUCCGCGUUUCGUUUCGUAUAAAAUGACAAUGCUCCCUUCGGUAUGAGUAAUUGCCAUCACUCCCGUUUUAUCAUUCCCUCCCUCACCUAUCUCUCCCCGAUUUCUCUUUGAAUCUUCAAAGAAGAGAUCUCGCUGACGUCGUCGGAAACUGUACAUUCUGUGCAAGUAUGUUUCUCUCUCUCUCGCUCUGUCUUCUCAUCUUCCCAUCUUCUUAUCAUAUCACCAUCGGUUCAAAAAGAUGGACAUUGUGGGCCGAAAUGUAUCCCUUUUGUCUCGUGACUUUCGAAGACUUUCGGCCGUAUCACGCACCUUUAUCAUUGUCUCGCGGCUUCUCCCUCGCCUUUUGUUCGUUUAACAGCAAAUUCAAGCCAUUUCCGAGUUUAUUGUCCCCAUCUCACCGCGUUAUUGUUUCCUCUUCUCCGUUUCCCUCUUUUCAGAAAUUCUAGAUCACAUUUUGUGUGAUCGUAAUCUCAAGUAAUUCUGAAUCCUGCGAUUAUGUUUACUGUACCGACAAAGUACAAACAAAGCGAAAUUUCACAUUUUUCUAGAUGUAAGUGAUGCAAUCGCUUUGUGAAAUUUCGAUUUAGCAGCCGUUCGCAUCACUUUUCAGUGUUUUUCGCGAUGUUUGAACCGCCGAUUGGAAGCGAUCAUCUGCGAUAUUUCUGCGCGCCCACCGGCAAUGCAUAUCUCAUAAUCUGCUGAUCCUAACCAUACAUUCUGUUGCAAUUGGCUCUGACCAAAUGUCGAUUUGAACUUAUAGUCCAGUUGGUUUCGUACUGUCACUGGCCCCGAUGUCGAUAUAAUCCAUCUGUAAGGGGCGGAUCCCUGAGCACGCGCAUUGUUUAUCGACACCCUUCCGUGUUCUAGAAUGGCCCAUUCAGUGUAAGCUGCGUCUAUUGUGUCAGCUGAUGUUGUUUUCUUCUUGCUGACCUUCAAUAACCCUACCCACUUACAAGAACCUCAAAGGGUCAAAUUGUAGUCGGCUGCAUUUCCUUUGUCAGUAAAAGCAAAUACAAGUUCUUCUGUGUCCUUUCUUUCCUCUGUAUGAUAUCAAAAACCACAUUGUUCACUUUCCUGCUUGCUGCUUCAUUACCAUAAAAGAGUCUCGAUUCGAAUGGAAUUCACAUUCAAACGCGUGCGAUUCCUAUCAGCUUCUUCUCCCAUUCACGAGACCAAACCAUCAUGGCUGCUCCCGUGUUCCGAUCACAUGCACACAGGUCUGAUAACACUUUCGAUGAAUAGAACAAUCAAACUUUUUCGUAAGUGCACCUGGGACAUUGUUUUGUUGACAAAGAACCAGGAGUAUAAAUUCUUUGAAUGGAAAACGGGAUAGAAAUUUCAGAAACGUCUGUAGCCAUGCGUCUGUGGUUUUGCAUUUCGACCUCUUCGUCCUAUGCUCUUGAUGUUUUUCCGCGGCGCCAUAAAAGACAUUCACCAGCCCAUAAAACGGAAUACGGUCGGCUCCGCUCUUCCCUGUUCGAUCGCGCCCGUUCCCCGCCAUUUGUGCCCACUCCUGCCGCCCGUCGUCCGCCCGCUGCUUUUGUCUCUGCGGUCUCCGCGUUCCGCGUGCUCCCUCAGUCCCGGUCCGUGCACUCUUCCGACCUUUCAAUGCGUUUGCAUAUUCGAUAUCGAUCCCGCCAUGUGUUUUCGACAACAGGGGAUUCCCGUUAUCACACGCAUGUUGACACGAUUUUGAACAUUUCGAAAAGCGAAAGUGAUCGUAUCCAAACAACAGACCCCGGCAUCGUCCUUUUUAUCUCGGUUAGGUUUGUAACCGCAACCGUAGGCUACUUCGGUUCUGCCACCAUAUGAGAAACAACAAAAACAGACGCCGAGUUUGAACUUUUGUUCGAUGUUUGAUCCGGGCCUCCUCUGAAUCCUAACCAAUUUUCGACGAGAGUGCCGCCGAUCCGUGGCGCGCCCGUGAUAGAUCAACGCUCCGUUUUGUCGUAAUUGAAGGCAGUCGAGCUAAUUGAGCUGAACUAGUUUUCCAUAUUUCGACCGGCACUUUUUAAGGGAUCUGAUCGCCAGGUCGGACAUCACAGAUUAUAUUCUCGAUUCUCUGCCAGACAUUACGAACGGUUCAGUUGAUAAAACUAUGUUCAAGGGCACAUUUUUGGUUUCAGAAUUUACCUCCAACUUCCCGAUAAGUUGCAACCUAAACCUCAAAAACAUGUUGUUCAACAAAAUCAGCAGGUCUCUGUUUGGCGGAUCUGAGUAUAAAAAGAUGUGUUUCCGUGGGCGAGAGCCACUGUCUCCUGCUGUUUCCCGCCGUCGGCAAUUAAUCCGUUCAUGUCCGUCUUCGCGUUCUUUCCGUGCCCUCCUCGGAUCGCAGCUUCUCUUUCCUCUUCCGCUGCCUGCGCCUCUUCUCUUUCACCUCUCUCUCGCCUUUCUUUUCUCAAAUUUUGCGUGUGCGCGCAGGAGUACUCGGCAUGCGGUUCUCUUCUUUUCUUCUUGAAAUCCAUUGUUCUCCGUUUUGUCGACGUUACUCGACUGCUUUUUCGCAUUCGCUUCAAAAACAAGCGAUCUGAGGCUACACAGUUAACAAGACCGCACUUUUUCGAUUAAAAAACAUCGCAUCUGAAUCCCCGGUCAUUUUUGUAUUGCUCUCCCAUUUAAAUGGUAUUUUUUCCGGACGAAUUCAAUGCCCACAGUUCGCACUUUGGCUGUUUUUCUUUUCGAUCGUGUUUUGCAGAAAAACACGAUUCGUUUUCCACGUGCCGUAAAUUUAUUGCGUGUGGUCGGUCAGAAUCCGGGCAGUGUCGUCGCCGCCUUCAAUUCGAAUUGUAUAGAUACUUACAACUCGAAUUACUUUUUUUCGAUAACAGUUCUUAUUCUUCUUCUCUUAGUAGGAUUAUAUCAACCCACACACACGCGGGCGCUCAAGAAAGAACGACUCCACCCUUUUCCUGUGCUCGUUGGAAGAGACUAUAAAAGAUUGUUGCGACCAUUUGUACCCUCAUUGAAUAUUCAAAUUCUGUCCCAUGUGGCAUUCGAUUCCCCUAUUUAUUCGUACAUUUGUGCACUUGACACGUAUCGAAACGAUUAUUUCUCUCUCGACCCGCUUGUUCGAUGUGUUCUCUUCGUUCUGUUUCUUAUCUUUCUCGUUUCAUCUCGAUAAGUUCUUCACUUUUAGCACAAUCACAGCAUGGGAGCCAGCGAGUCUGCCACACUCUCAGACAUUCAGACGGCCGUUCCCUUCCGUCGGCGAGCCAAUACCACAGCAUCCAGGCCCCGUCCCGACUAUUUCGCGAACAACAACAACAACAACGAUGAAAAGCAGAAGAAUUCGAACGCCUUCCUCACAGAAUUCGAUGUCAAACAAAUGAUGGCUCGCAGUCGAGCGGGUACUAUCUGUGUCUCCUCGAUGCGUCCUUCAGUUGACGAGCGCGCUGCUGCGGAACAGAGCAUUUUGGAGACGGUUCGGCAGGCAGAUGCGGAUGAUCAGGAGCCAACGUCGUCUGGAAUGGAGAAGAAAGGAAGCAUCAGCUCGAGAAAGUCGACAGGAUCCCACGACUCGGGCGUCGGCACUCAUUCGAGCUCGCCAGUCGCUUCGAGCCUCCAUCUGUCUGCUGAUGAAGUUCUCAUUCCGUCACGAAAAGUAACCGUAUCUCUAUCCGAAGAUACUAAGAAUGUGGAAGAGCGGAAGAAGAGAAACAUCAAACGAGCGAUCAUAAAAAAGGUGUUCAAGAAGAAGUCCAACAAGUACCCAGAGUCAAGGGCCAGAUCGAAGUCACUCGGAGCGGGUGUCUUGAAUGGUGAGUUCUGCCGAAUGUGUCUAUGUCUAUUUCUGAGAAAAUUCGGCAAACUGCGAAUUUCCGUUGCGAUUAGGAAAAAGCCCGGGGCUUUUAGGCAAAAGAUCAGUUCUAAUCUGUCGGGCACUCUACUAAGACUGACUGUCAAUAUAUCUAAAUAUUACCCGAUUUCUGAAUUUUGAUGCGGCUCUUCUGAAAGCGGGUUAACCAUACGGCUAUAAAUGGGUUCGAAAUGACGGAGCUCAUCUUCAUUGUUCGCUUGCCGAACGACGCAAAUUCUAAUUUGUCUUCUCGUAAAGUGACUAUAGACCUCCAUAGACAGAUGACACACGGAAGUCGUUUGCUCUCGUGCCCUUGCACGAAUUCGAGAUAAAGAAUGUGUGUCGCCGUUUUCUUUUUUCUGAUUCGUUUUCAGAGAAUAAAACCUGAAUCGGAUUCUCCUUUAUCUCCUGAUGCGAUCUGAGUGAAGUCACCUGCCUCUAGCUUUCAAAAUAAAAGAAGUCGUUAGGCGUACGCGACAAACUUUCUUCUCUAUUCUCCCCCCGAAAAUUGGACUGGAAAAUUGGGAGAAAAAGGAGGAACACAAUUGAGAGCGCGUGGAAAAUUGGGUUCUUUUCCACUUUCAAUCCAAUUUCUCCUUCCUCCCAAAACGUUUUCACAUUUCCUUCAACUCAUGUUUCCAAUCUCUGAUUUGUCUGCUCACUUGUUUUCCAUUUUCCCCAACUUUUAUCCCUUCGCUCUCCGGAACUCAUCUUUGGUUCACCGUGAAAGUUGAAGACGGCAUUAGUUUGAUUAUUUGGAGAAUGCGACCGAGGGGCACGUGAGGUCCCUUCCGCAGCUAUUUCUGGAUUCUGGAGAGCAAAAGCAGAUGGAAGGGUCGCAGAGCCGUCAGCCACUGUAGUAUUAGUCUUUGAUAAAUAAUGAACUGAGUGUCGAAUUGCAGACGGCGCAAAUAGUUAUCAAAACAAAAACAUACCUUUUUCACUUCCCUUCUCGACUCCUCUUCGUCUUCUUUUUUCGACUGUUGCUCUGAACGUUUCCCUUUUCUUUUGUAGAGAGUGUUUCUGGAUUUGCCGGACGACGUCAUCACCACAGAAUAAGGCUGAUUUAGGAAGCUUUCUAGUCGCUUGCUACCCGCCAAUUUUUUUGUGAAUAAGUUCAAAUUGAGCAGAGAAGGGCACUGAGAACAAACUUCAAACUACACCCACAAUUUCGAAAUGUUGCCAUCCGUCUGAACGUUGGACAUAAAUCCAGACUCCUCCGCAAUAACAAACCAUAAACGUCAUCCGAUUCUAGUCGUCUUUUGUCAGUCACUCAAAGAAAUCAAGAGUUUGUGAAGUUUGGACGCCGAGUUUUUAUUGGCAUGUCGCGUGGAAAUGUGCUUUCGGGUUCCCCCUCUGGAGUAGUCUUUGAAAAGUGACCAAUUCUGAAGAAGUCGUCCGACAAACUGUGUGAAGUGAAGAAACAGGAAAAGUCAAAGAACGAGCCAAUUACCCGAUGAAAAGGUUCCUAAAUACUUUCAAAUUUCUUCUCGCUUUCCAGCUGUAUUCAUAAUUGAAGACGACGAGAUAACUAUGCGAAUUCGCUUCCGGCUUUCCCUAUGGGAGUAGUACUUUCGCCAUCAAAUAAUCAAAAUUUGUGGGAACCUUUUUUGGUCAUAUUUUUCUAGUCACAAGUACUCGCUGGCCGUUGCUCUUUGAGCGAAAGGCCGUGCUGGACAAUAAAUCAGCCGUACUCGAGAUGGGUUCAAACUGUUUUCUAAAGCUCCCCCGAGGGGACACCAAGUACUACUCGCUUUUUUCUCUCAGCCACUUUUGCGCCGCCCGAGAAUUCAUUCGAAAAGACGCUCAUCUUUUUGGCUCUUCCGGCGAUGUAAUUUGGCACCCUUUUGCAAAGAGCCCCCUAUCAGAAAUUUUAUUUAUUUUCGAUCAGAAUGCUCUCGUUUUCUCUUCCCGUUUAGGAAAUUGCAUUUGUAACGGACGAUAUGAUAAAUACAAGAAGACAAGUAGUGUGUCUAUUUUCGGGUCCUCGAGUACCUUGUUUUGCUCAAAAUGUGUCUUCUGCCGGCUUUUCGGCAGUUCUGAUUCAAAAAACAAUAAGUUUGUCAGAAAGAAGACGUCGUAGUAUAUUUCUCAGUGAAAGCAGACGUUACUUCCGCAAGUUUGCUCUUUUGUUGUAGCGAAUACAUCCGUAGUUUUUCUCUUUGACAGCACAAACAGCUCUCUUUGCCCCUUAGGUUUUCCUCUUCCGGACAUUGCAAUCGUUUCCCAAAAGAGGGUUCCUUCUGGUUCUCACACAAACCCACGUAAACACUGAAAUUUUGUCGCUGUAAACAUAAGUCCAUCCUCUUCUCCAUUUCCGAACGGUAAUUACUAUCUAGCAAAUUUAGAAAAGACGACAUUACUCCUUUUGUUUUUGGACGCCCAUCCCUACCAACUCGUGAAAGGGGCGUGUCCAACCAGAAGAUGCUCCUUCCCCCUCUCCCUUCUUUCUUCGUUUUUUCGAAAACCAAAAGCUCGCCCAGUGCCGAGUGUUUUUUGUUCCUCUAACUGAAGAAACAUGUAAAAUAAGUUUGGCACCCUCCUCCACCCGCACUCGCCAAGCCUCUCCUUUUUCUGCCCGAGCAGUAAUGCACUUUCGGUACGGCUCAUUUCCUUGUCUGAAUGAGUUUUAAGCCUGCGGCGAUGCAACUGAUUCGGCUAAUCAACACUGAGUCAGCCACGACUCCUCUACUCACUCCGCCUAUGCUCGUUUUGUUUUGUGCUUCACUCUUCUCGAAUUACAGACAAAUUUGGCCACUUUAAGCAUAAAUCUUGUGUAAACCGAGCUCAAUUAGCCGCAUCGUCAAACGAGCUCAUCGCUCUGCUAUCCACCCACUCAGUUUCAUUUCUGUAUCAUCCUCUUCAUCCGUUUACCUCUCCGCUCUCCUUCUAUGCCGAUUCCGCUGAUUACUGUAUCGCGUACAGAAGAACACCACGGCGUAUCGUACCGCGAAAUGCUCUCCUCGCUCGUUGACAAAGUUCAAACCUCGACCAACUCGCUGGCGUCGACCGUCUCGCAGGCGUCUUCGGAGGAAAUGAGCCGUAUCUCCGUCAGAUCGGCUCUUCGGUCCGUCGUCUUUCAAUGCCGCUCGGCAAAGUCAGACAGUCCUCGCAACGGCGUCUGUCUCAGAUGGUUUCUGCCAUCGGAGAAGUCAUUGAUCAGGAGAUUCUAAUGACCCAACCAGGUACACAAAAACUUCCGGGAAGGACAUGUCGUGUGAAACUGAAUUCAAAAUUUAAAAUUCACAUUGCUUAUUCUCAUAUCUUCUUGAAGUUCCAGGAAUAGCAUUCUUUUCCGAAUCUCGGCAAUCUUUCGUGCCAACAAAUAAUUUAUAGACCGGAAUCGUUCCGUGUGCAAGAUUUGAGGAAACUUUGUCGCAACUGGUCCUCCAACAUUGAUUAUUCACACACAAAACAUGCGAUUGGCGCUUUCGUCUCGGUAGUAGAACACGAAACAGAGAAAGAGUCUUGGGAGCACGUGCUGUGAAUAGUUCGAGCUGAAAAUCUACAUAAAAUAUUCAUUGAAAUUGAAGUGCUGAAAUUCGAAACCGCGCAGACGCCGAUCGGUUUCUUUUGGCGUGAGCUUCGUCUUGUUUUUGUGUCAUUCUGUGAUGCAUGAUCAGAACAGAAAAAAAAAUGGGGGAAAGAAGUUGAUGAGAAAUGCAUGCAGAGGGCACCCUCCAACGAGUUUAUUUGUUUCAGGCGAAAAAUCGGCGCCGUUGUUCGGAUCGUCGCUGCUGAACCGCGAAUGGGAACUGGUCACCGUCUCGGAGAUGUGCCGCCGCUUGUCGCUCGACCAGGAACUCGAGCUGCCAAUUCCGGAAGGGGCGAACACCUCGCAGAUCCUCGACGAACUCAUGAUCCGUCAGGUAAGGAAAAUGUUUAGAUGCUUGGGCGUUUCCAUUCACCGCCCACACUCGACGGUAAUCCCCGUUCUCUGCUCUUUCGACUAAUGUGCCAGACUGGCUGAAUUCGAUUAGUCGGCCAGGAGAAUCGGAGAACGAAUUCCUCUCCAUUUUCUCAUCAUUUGAGUUCUGUUCUGAUGUCACACAUUCAUUUCGAGCAAAAACACAAAACAAUAAACUGGCAAAGCACGCAAUGAAUGAGGAACUAUCGAGCUUUCUUCUCCGGAAUUUCGUAUAUUCCAUUAAUUUCGCUCAGUCAUUCUUUGCCCAUUUUUGAGUAAUUUAGUUGGUUUCGACUCGUUGGCUGCCAACAACGAUUCCAUUCCAACGAUUCCAGUGCAGAAACAUAAAAAGAGUGCGCGUGACCGCAAAUUGACGGCGCGAGCAAAGAAAGUGUACUCGAGACACGGGACCCUGUCCACUGUGAAUUUAUAAGAAAAGAGUUCGAGAGAAAAGCGCACAACAAGACGCAUUUUUCAGGUGAUGGACAUUCUGCCGCCACGUGCCGAAGGCUACCCAUGGGUCAACAUCUACAAUUCGGAGAAGCACGGGUUCUCGCUCUCCACCAUGUACCGGAAAAUGGCCGAAUUUGAUGAGGAUCUCUCGCCCGUUCUGCUCAUCAUCCGAGACACCAAAGAACACGUGUUCGGAGCCGUCGUCUCGUCUGCCAUCCGACCAUCCGACCACUUCUUUGGAACUGGCGACAGCUGCCUUUUAUGGAGAUUCACUGGAGAAGUGCCGCACACUCGGUAAACAAAAGGUCUUCCGGCUGAGAUUCAACAAUAUUUUUCAGAGAAUUGCGCCAGUACACUUGGACCGGAGACAAUCAGUUCUUUGUGAACGCAGCCAAAGAUUCACUUUCGAUUGGAGCCGGAUCCGGAAGAUACGGACUUUGGUUUGAUGGUCAGUCACUCGCAAUAAUGUGUCUAUAUCCUUAUUGUUCCAUUUUCAGCCGACCUGAACCACGGGCGCUCCCAGAAGUGCGAGACCUUCGACAAUGAACCGCUCUGUGGAGACAACGAAGACUUCAUCAUUCAGUUCAUAGAAGCCUACGGAUUCAGAAUGUAA